AUGUUCCGAAACCCUUGGAUCUCUGGUUACCAUGUCAAUCAUGUGCAGCACUGCGGCACAGAACUUGGAUCAGAAGAUCUGGGAAAACUUUGCACCUCAACAUCAUUGCCAACAGAAGCCUUAAGUUUUCAGAGUGAUUUCUCCCUGCACGACAAGACCACCCUGGUCAAGAGCGUUUCAGAUACAGAUGCCAAACUCCUGGUGGUUCUGCCCAAGGUUUCAGAACUGAAGAAAUACUUCGAGGGUGAUCUUCCAGAAGAUUUCAUAAUGAACAGGAAGGAGAGGAUUGCACGGCGUCUGGAAGGGAUUGAAAGUGACUCUGCGCCAGCCCUGCUGACUAGCGGCUUGGUCACCAACAGAAUGCUGGAGGAGGACCCACCCCGGUAUACUCGGGCCUCAGACCCCUGCGAGCCAUGUGUUAUGGUGAGACAUUUCAGCAAAGAGGAUCUGCAUGCAUCACAAAAGCCAGUGACAUCCCCACAACAUCAGGCCAAAGGAGGUGUCAACCCCGUAAUAUUGACACCUACGUCUACACCCUCGGACCCAGUCAGUCUGAGUUCCAAGGCUGAGCGCAUCGCUCGCUACAAAGCAGAGAGACGGCGGCAGUUGUCGGAGAGGUAUGGCAUACUCCUUGAUCAGGAAGUGGACAUUGAUUACACACCACGCUACCGCGCCCGACUCGACCAAGAUGCCGCUGCCGACAGACACUCGACUGGAAGUGGAGUUAAACCACAACCAGAGCUACCAGAUCAUGAAACUGGUGGUCCGUACCGCUCUGGUGUGGGAAGGGUUUACAUGAGGACUCACCCGAAACCUGCAUCUCCAGACGCACUGGUCCCAGUUAACACAAUCCAAGCACCAGCCCAUUCACAAGAUGGAAGAUUCUCUGAGAGGGAAAGGGUCAUGAACAUGGAGAACCACCGGAGAGGUGGGACUCAAGAUCAUGCAUCUCGGACUAGGACCCAGGAGCACCACAUGCCUCCGCCCCAGCAGAUUCAGCCUCAGCAGCAAAGCUCUACACAUCACAACCGCACAGACACAAUCCAUGUUGUGAUGAGUCCCAACACCAGCAGGGACUACAGGGUCACAGCAAUACCCAGCUCGCCUCGAACUGCCCGUCGGGCCUCGCUGCCAUCUACCCGCCAUGGUAUCUCACCUGGGGAUUUGUUCAUUGAGCAACAGGCACAGAGCAUCCUCAACAGACAGGGAAUCAGAGUAAGUGCACAGCGGCCUUCUGAGUGGAGCGCCAGACACAGGACUCAGGAACUUCCUUUCCCACCCAACCUGGACCCAGGCCAGCAGAGAACUGUUCAUCAGCCCGAGCACACCCCGGGUCACCCAAAGUUUGCUCAAGAGUACCAUCCUACCAUUGACAGCCCAGUGUCUGCCAGCCAAAUCCCCAGUCCUCCAGAGGUUCCACCACGAAGGCGCGUGAGUGCUGAACAAAUUUAUGCUGCCCACAAAGAGGCAAGGCUGGAGGCCCAGCAAGCUUCCAAAGAAGAAGUACACACGGAAGGUUUGCUGAAGAGCCGCAAAGCUGUGUUACCAUCUGAGAUUCGCCGACGAGAAAAGACUGUGGAUGACCCUCACAGAGGUCCGAGCGAAAGCAUGGAAUGGUGGGAUUACAGCCCAGAACAGAAGAAGAUGAAUCAAGUAGCCAAGAAAGACUUGGAUCCACCCAAAGAGCGAAGGCGGGAGAGAAGAGAGAUGGCGGAGAAGAGCCGAGAGCGAGGCAGGCAUCGUCAUUCGGGUCACGAGAAUCAAGAGGCUAGAGUGUUCAAAGACAUACACUUGGAGAAUAUUUCAGACACUGUCAACCAUCCAGAGUCACUUGUGUUUCAGACACAAACCAGUGGAAAAGCUGAGGAAGAUCUCCAGAGACAGCAUCAAUACAACUCAGUGAGGAGGCCUAUGGAGACAAAAGAACAUCAGGGAGAACAAGAAACUUGUUCAAAGAGAGUUGAGGAGGCUCUGCGAUGUGAAGUCUCAGACCCUCCAAGGCAGCAGAAAUUGCAAAGUAGCGACUCGGCCAUUUACCUCCAGAAGGGUUCCACUUUACCUCAGGCCAAGCACAAAAGCACAGAGGCAGGAGGAGGGCCCAAACCCAAGACGCGAACUCGUUCCAUGUCAGACAUUGGUAUCAGCCGGCAUUCUGUCAUAUACCGUACAAAGAGGGCUGCCGCUACCCGUGAGACCUCCUCCAGGCCGAUGCAGCCAUCAGGGGUGUCGAAUUGCGACACGGGCGCCUUAGACACCCGUGUGUCGGUCGCUCAGCUGCGACAUUCAUACCUGGAGAACGCCAACAGGAAGCCUGACUUCGAGAGCAUCCAGUCCUCAGCGACAGAGGCGGACCUUGGGUCAAGUGGCCCUGAGUCCCAGGGGGAAAAGACGGCUCGGAGGCCUCGUCGCUACAUCACGCCAGGGGACGGCCGCACAUCCGAGAGAUGUCGAACUCAACCUAUCACAUCUGCGGAACGUCUGGAGACUGACAGGUCACAUCUCAGUCCAGCACCGCUGCAAGAUGUAGAAGCGGAUGAAGAAAAACUAGACGAGCGGGCCAAGAUGAGCGUGGCAGCCAAGCGUUCUCUUUUCAGGGAAUUAGAAAAGACUUCCGAGGGUGGUGUUCCCAAGCCUCGCUCUCGAAACGCUGCCGUGGAACGCCGUCUGCGGAGAGUCCAGGACCGCUCACACACUCAACCCGUCACCAGCAAGGAGGUGGGCGACGCUUGCAGUGAGCCUUCCACGUCAUCACCUGCUUCAGGAAGUCUCACCACCACUACCACCAGCACCAUCAGCACCACCACCAGUUCAACUGUUGUUAGCACUGCUGUCACCACCAUUAGCAUUCAAACAGCUCCAGCCACUCAGGAGAAGAUCCAGGAAAUCCAGCAAGAUGAGCCCCCAAAACCUGAAGGGGAUGACCUAUCCACACUCAGCUUGGCGGAAAAGAUGGCCCUCUUUAACCGCCUCGCCCAUGCUUCGGACGAGUCACCGUCAAAGAGUGACACUUCCCGCCAGCGCCGUGCUCUCGCACGCUUUCAGACUCAGCCAAUCACACAGGGCGAAGUAGAACAGAUAAAACUCAGCAGCCAAGUCAAACUGGAGCCCCUCCCCGCCUCCGUGGUCCGCUCAGUUGCAGUCGCCCCCUCUCAAGCCUCUGUUUCCACGGUAACCGUGACGCCUGGAUGCAGCAGCAUCACCUGUGAGGGGGACUCCGCUACUCAACAAGCCCCCGCCAAGUCCGCGAGCCACCAGGAGAGGGUGUUACGAUACCUUUCACAGACCCAGAGCGCGGGAACCCCAGGCCACGCCGAGCUCCUCCCAGAUAGCUCUGAGCAACCGGGGGCUGUCCCUGCUCCCGCCCCUUUUUCUGUCACUUCUCGCCGGCAUCAGGCGGAGACAGAGGAAGACGACAAGGCAGAUACACAUCCCGACACGAAAGCCCUUGGAGAUACUAGGAAGGAGAAAGCGGAGGAAGCAGGAGGCGAAGGAGGAGGUGGAAAGGAGGAACAAAGCCGGCACCUGGAAGAAGAACCAGGAGGGGACAGCGGCACGCAAAGCAGGGAAGGGCUGUCAGACCUGCAAGAUCGACCUCCUUCGCUGAAGCCUCUGAUAACCAAAGUGUCCCCAACAACAUCUCACGUGUCCAGCAUCCAGCAGAUCCAUUCUGUCAUCCAACCUCCCCCAACCCCACCCAAACCCUUCUUGCGUCAGCCCCCUUCUGAGCCACCGAAACCCCAGUCUUCGCCAACAUAUCCCAACUCGUUCACUCAGCCUCAGCAGAGCCAGGCAAAACCUCAGGAACUCAUCCCCAAGCCUUAUCCUCAACCGGGCUCUCAGCCACUGCCCAAACUACAGGUGCCUCCGCCAACGCCACCCAAACCUCAGGGUUUUCCCCAGGCCUUGGUCAAGUCUCAGUCGCUGACGCUGGAGCACAGCGACGACUACAACUCGUUUGCAGUCUGUUCGGGUGAUAUGCUGUCCCCCACGGGUUCCACAGACCAGCUGCAUUAUAGCAUGUCCAGCAAACAGAUGUCCAUCAAGGAGAGAGUGGCCCGGUUAAAGAAGAGUGGCGAGGAAGACUGGAGAAACCGCAUCAACAAGAAACAGGAAGUGGAGAACGUGGCAUCCACUGAGCAAAGUGACGUGGAGUCAACACAUAAGAAGGAGGAAGAGGUGGUCCUUCAUGACCAUUCUCCAGUGUGCUUAUCAGAGCAGCUGUGGGAGCCUGUCUUCUCCUCCACUUUCUCUCCUCCUUUCUCCCUCGGACAAAAGUGUCAGUACAUUGACCAUCACGCUCAGGCUCAGUCAACAGGAAAAGCACAAACUGAAGCCCAGAUGACCAUUGAGGAAAGGAAACAGAUGAUCUCCAAGCGAGAAGAUGACUGGAUGAGCAAGGGCAAGGGUGUGGCCAAUGACUCUGGCCAGUACACUGUGGCAGCACGCAUGGUCAAGAAAGGCCUGGCAGCCUCCUCCUCCAUCAUUGGGCCGAUCCUGUCGCCCGUCUCCACCAAACUCAAGAGCAGCACCGCAAUUGUCAGCAAACCUCAAGAGGGUAUUGAAGCCAGAGCAGACAUGGAAUCAGACAAGAAGCUUGACAAAUUGGAAACCUUCUUAGAACGGAUCAACAGCAAAGUGUCCGAACUGCAGGAGAGCACCCUGACAGUCACAGAGAAGGCAGUGAAGGAGGUGAUGAAGUUAGACGAUGAGAUCUUCUCCAACUUCUACCGUCGUGUCGCCGAUUUGCCCCACGUACCGUCGCCCAUCGAGCUCAGCGAGGACUUCGAUGCCAUAUUUGGCUCACGGCAUGGAUCCGGCAGGCUGACAUCGGCAGUGGUGCGCCACAAGCGCUCUGUGCGUCCAUCCAGAAACGUGCAGGCGUCCCGCAACCCUGUCAAGACACUGGCCGCCCGCCAGGACAUACGACACGAGUACACAGAGGAAAGACUCAACGUGGCUCAGCUGGAGAGCAAGAGGAUGUCCUCUGAAAAGAUGGUUAAAAGCUUGGAAUAUUCCGAUGCCGCUCUGGCAGGACUGGCCAGUAAGGAGAACUACAGCACCGUGAGUUUGCGCAGCGUAAACGCCUCGGAGACGCCCACAUCCAACAACAGCGCACUCCCAUACAAGAACCUAAUGCUACUGCACAUCAAAGGCCGUCGACACGUUCAGACCAGACUAGUUGAGCCCAGAGCAUCCUCACUGAACAGUGGGGAUUGUUUCCUACUUGUGACCCCCGAGCACUGCUUUGUGUGGAUAGGAGAGUUCUCCAAUGUCAUCGAGAGGGCUAAGGCUAUGGAUCUGGCCCAGUUCAUACAAACUAAGAAAGACCUGGGCUGCAGGGCAAGCAAGGUACAGACUAUUGAGGAAGGCGUCCAAACGCAAAGUCCAGAUUCACAAGAGUUUUGGACCAUUCUCGGGGGACAGAGCUCCUACCAACCUGCCGGUCCGCCGGAGGAAGACGACCGCUUUGAGAACGCAAUUGUGGAAACCAAUUGCAUCUUUCGUCUGCUUGAUGACAAACUGAUGCCAGAUGAUGAUGAAUGGGGGAAGGUUCCUCGCUGUUCCCUAUUGUCAUCUAAAGAGGUAGUUGUGUUGGAUUUUGGCAGCGAAGUGUACGUGUGGCACGGCAAAGAAGUGACACUGGCCCAAAGGAAGGUGGCCUUCCAGCUUGCCAAACACCUCUGGAAUGGAACCUUUGACUACACGCUCUGUGACAUCAACCCACUUGACCCUGGAAACAGCAACACCCUAAUUCCAAGGAAAGGCCAAGGUCGGCCUGACUGGGCGAUAUUUGGCAGGCUGACCGAGCACAAUGAGACCAUUCUGUUCAAGGAGAAGUUUAUAGACUGGACUGAAGUAAAAUUGUCGCCAUCACCGACAGAAGGGAAAGAACAGCUACCAGAACAACAGAAGCCCAAGGUUCGAGAGUGCCGACCUUACGACAUAAGCCUGAUGCUGCCCCUCCUCCAGCCGUCUGUAACCACCAUUUUGGAUGGUGUGAACGUGGGGCGUGGCUACGGCUCUGUAGAGACCGAGGACCAUAUGAGGACUCAGGAAAUCAGUACUGUCUCUGUGGACGUUUGGCACAUCUUGGAGUUCGACUACAGCCGGCUGCCACGCCAGAGCAUUGGCCAAUUUCAUGAAGGUGAUGCCUACGUUGUCAAGUGGAAGUACAUGGUCAGCAUGUCAGUGGGACGCAGACUCAACCCAGAGGUGAGGAGUACUGGACCAGGCCGGGAGAAAUGUUGCUAUUUCUUCUGGCAAGGCCGACACUCUACGGUUAGCGAGAAAGGAACGUCAGCGUUGAUGACCGUAGAACUAGAUGAGGAGAGAGGGACUCAGAUGCAAGUGCAACAGGGCAAAGAGCCUCCGUGUUUCCUACAGUGUUUCAACGGCGGGAUGAUCGUCCAUGCCGGAAAAAGGGAAGAAGAGGAGGAGAACAUCCAAAGCGAGUGGCGAUUGUACUGUGUACGUGGAGAGGUACCUGCUGAGGGCCAUCUGCUGGAGGUGGCCUGCCACUGCAGUAGCCUACGCUCCCGAGCCUCCAUGAUCCUGCUCAGCGUCGACAAGGCAGCCAUCUACCUUUGGCACGGCUGCAAGACGCAAGAGCACACUCAUGGCGUGGCUAGCAUGGCCGCACUCAGGAUCAAAGAACAGUGUCCUCUAGAAGCUGGCCUCCACAGCAGCAGCAAGGUAACCGUCCAUGAGUGCGAUGAGGGCAUGGAGCCACCAGGAUUCUGGGAGGCUCUGGGACACAAGGACAGGAAGGCCUACGACUGCAUGCUGCAAGACACUGGGAAAUUCAACUUCACUCCACGGCUCUUUCAGCUGACCAGCACGUCAGGAGAGUUUGUGGCGACUGAGUUCUUCCAUCCGUCCCGUGCCUCGGAUCUCGUCACCUCGCUUCCUUUUUUGCAAGAGGAUCUUUACAACGUGGCACAACCAGGGUUGUUCCUGGUGGACAAUUUCCACGAAGUUUACCUAUGGCAGGGCUGGUGGCCACAAGACAGCGAGAGCACAGGAUCAGCUCGCAUGCGCUGGGAUUUAGACCGGAAGUGUGCAAUGGAGACGGUGCUGCAGUAUUGCAAAGAAAAAAGUAACAAGAAUCCUCAGAAAUCCUACUUGAUCCAUGCUGGACUGGAGCCGCUAACCUUCACUAAUAUGUUCCCCUGUUGGGAGCAUCGGGAAGAUGUCGCGGAGAUCUCAGAGAGGGAGGCAGAGGUCUGCAACCAGAUCAUCUUAGUGGAAGAUGUGCUGGCUCGACUCAGUCGGACCACCUUCCCGUUGGACCAGCUGCGGGCGCGGCCUCUACCGGAAGGUGUAGACCCGCUGCGUUUGGAGAUCUACUUGUCCGACCAAGACUUUGAGGACGCUUUGGAGAUGAGGAGAGACGAAUAUGAACGUCUGCCAGGGUGGAAGCAGGUCAACUUGAAAAAGGCCAAAGGAUUGUUUUAA